UGCCCACAACUGCGACGCAUUCAGUUGUGAUCGCGACGCGACCGUGUCUAGUACUAGAAAUUCGAAAGCCAGAAUAGCCGUGUGUUAUACGAAACGGGUGGAAAAUUUUCUUUAGCGACCUGAGGACGGUGGUGGAAAUUCGGAAUAUAGAAGGGGUGGCUAUGCAAUAGCGGAGCAAAAGAAAAUAAAAUUCAUAUAAUAAAGAAAAGGAAUUUGUGAUAACGAUAAAAGUGAUACAUGUGGCUACAAUUUGUAGUUUCCAUAGUAUAAAAAUAUUUAUAUAUAGAGCUCUUGGCUAACAACCGAUUAGCAAGAUGGUUACGAACGAAAAUAAAAAUCUUCUAAAUGACAACAGAUUGGGCGUCGGCGGAAAUGGAAGUGCUGGACAACUCAAGGCUCAGAUUGUGCCCGCACAGCCUAAAACCCUGCAGCAUUUACCCAAACGACCUGCUGUGGAUUUGGCGUUCCAUAAUUUGACAUACCGCGUCAAGGAAGGCAGCGGAAGCAAUUCCAAGACAAUUCUCAAAGGUGUCAGUGGACAAUUGCGAUCUGGAGAGCUCACUGCCAUAAUGGGACCAUCGGGAGCUGGAAAGAGUACAUUACUCAAUAUUCUGUCAGGAUACAAAACCACAAAUAUCGAAGGAAGUGUCACCAUGAAUGGUUCAGAAAGAAAUUUGAGUACCUUCCGUAAACUGUCUGCAUACAUUAUGCAGGAUAAUCAAUUGCACGGAAAUUUAACUGUCCAGGAAGCAAUGACAGUGGCAACGAAUUUAAAACUUAGCAAGAAGUUCACAAAGCUCGAAAAGAAUUCAAUGAUCGACGAUAUUCUGCUAACGUUAAGCUUGAGCGAACACCGCAACACGAUGACACGUAAUUUGUCUGGAGGUCAGAAGAAGCGUCUGUCAAUCGCCCUGGAGUUGGUUAGCAAUCCACCAAUAAUGUUCUUUGACGAGCCCACAUCUGGACUGGAUAGUUCGACAUGUUUUCAGUGUAUUCAUCUGCUGAAAAUGCUUGCCGCUGGCGGCCGAACUGUCAUUUGCACUAUUCACCAGCCAUCGGCUCGUCUAUUUGAAAUGUUUGACCAGCUUUACACUCUGGCCGAUGGUCAGUGCGUGUAUCAAGGAAGCACUAAGCAGCUGGUGCCAUUCCUGUCCACUUUGAACUUGGAGUGUCCCAGCUACCACAACCCAGCUAGCUAUGUUAUCGAGGUGUCAUGCGGAGAACAUGGAGAUCACAUACGCAAAUUGGUCGAGGCCAUUGAUAAUGGCAAACGGGACAUUCGAUCGUCCGCUGAUUAUGCUGGUUUGAAGGCCCGCAACGAUCUGGUUAAAGUGCAAAAUUUGAAGGCGAUUUUGGAUAAGAACGAUGUGACUAACGUCAGUGGUAGCAAAUACGAGGAAAAUCUGACUAUGAAUAAUGGUUUACUUAACGGUAUGGUUAACGACAUUGUAAAGGAAACGAACGGAUUGAGCUCAUCUACAGUGGUUUCCACCAACGAGAAGGGAGAUGCCAUGAUUGACGUUGAAAAGACAGACAAUUGUACAACUGCUCUGCUUUCGGAGGAGAUAAUGUCACCAGAGCGUUAUCCCACUUCACAAUUCCAUCAGUUUUGGGUGGUUUUGAAGAGAACACUGCUUUUCAGUUACCGCGAUUGGACUCUUAUGUAUUUGCGAUUGUUUGCCCAUCUGCUGGUUGGAUUCCUAAUCGGAGCUCUCUAUUACGAUAUUGGAAAUGAUGGCGCUAAGGUGCUCAGUAAUUUGGGUUUUCUGUUCUUCAACAUGUUGUUCUUGAUGUACACAUCCAUGACCAUAACUAUUUUGUCAUUCCCACUUGAAAUGCCAGUACUGCUAAAGGAGAACUUUAAUCGCUGGUAUUCUCUUAAGUCAUACUAUUUAGCUAUAUCAGUUGCUGAUCUACCAUUCCAGGCGAUUUUCUGCGUUAUCUACGUAUCCAUAGUAUAUUUCUAUACCUCACAGCCCUGGGAACUAUUCCGUUUCUCCAUGUUCUUAUCAGCCUGUCUACUGAUUUCAUUUGUGGCUCAGUCUGUUGGCCUCGUCGUCGGCGCUGCUAUGAACGUUCAAAAUGGUGUUUUCCUGGCUCCAGUUAUGUCGGUGCCCUUCCUGCUUUUCUCCGGCUUCUUCGUUUCAUUUGACGCUAUACCGGUUUACUUACGAUGGAUCACAUAUCUUUCAUAUAUUCGAUAUGGUUUCGAGGGAACGGCUUUGGCUACCUAUGGCUAUGGACGUGAGAAGCUCAAGUGCUCCCAAGUCUACUGUCAUUUUAAAUCGCCCACCACUACGUUGGAGGAAUUGGACAUGGUCAACGCAAACUUUACACUAGAUAUUGUAGCGCUGAUUGUCAUUUUUGUGGUUUUGCGAAUUUCAGCUUACCUCUUCUUGCGUUGGAAGCUCAAGACCACUCGCUAAGUAAUCCAACGUAAUGUUGACUUUUGGGUUUAAAAGCUUUCUGUGUGUAUGUUUAUCCAAAUCUGUUUAUAUUAAUAUUUCACUUUAAGUCUAUUAAAUGUUUGUAUAAUAGCUUCAUUUUUAGUUGUAUUUCCAACAUUUUUUUAGUUUAAGUGUGAUAGGACCACUGUUAAGGGUUUACCAUGUGUGAUUUUUAAUUCAGCCGCAUCAGUUACAAAAAGGUGUAACAUUAAAAAAAAAAUAAUAAAUACAAAUUAUCAACUUUACGUAUAACACUCAAAGGAAAAAUAUUUAGGCUUUCUGAUCAAACUUGUAAGCCAGAAUAAAAAAAAAAUUUGUAAUAACAAAACCAAAUACGAUAAGUAUAAACGUAUUAUUGUAACGCCAUUUUAAA